UGAAGACUCCCCCACUCGGAAGUCGAAUAUAGCGGUACCCAAGGUGCUGGAUGAUCGUUUACAGCCAACCCUCCUGGCCUCUCUUCCAGGCUGGGAAAUUUAUGUCAUCAUUUGUCUUUCAUUUUACCAGCUGAGAGUUGUGAAAUUGUCACAAUGAAUUUGUCUCUCAUUGAUCCCUUUGUCCUAGCUCAGGACUACCCAGAUACUUUAGCAGAGAAAUUGAGAAGUGGCCACGCCACGUGUCUCAGAUUCAACCGCAAAGGAGAUUAUCUAGCCUCCGGACGAGUGGACGGUACGGUGGUGAUUUUCGAUGUUGAAACAAAUGGCGUGGCACGCAAGUUACGGGGGCAUACCAGGCAGAUCCAAUCUUUAAGUUGGUCUCGCGAUGGCCGAUAUCUCCUCAGUUCUUCUCAAGACUGGAAAUGCAUACUCUGGGAUAUGAAAGAUGGGUCACGGGUUCGCACUGUCCGAUUCGAGGCACCUGUCUAUAUCGCUGAGCUGCAUCCUUUCAAUCAUCUGCUUUUUGUAGCUUCUCUUUUCGAAGACCAACCCGUCCUCGUUGAUAUCUCAUCACCUAAGCCUAUCAAACGUAUUCUUCCCUCUGCUCCGUUUCGUCCUCCGCCGUCUGAGGAUGUCGACCCUGCGGUGGCUGCGAAACAAGCCGCUCAAGAUGCGAAACACUCUACAUGCGUCACGAUCUUCAGUGCAUUUGGGAAUCAUAUCAUAGGAGGCACGUCAAAGGGCUGGAUCAAUAUUAUUGAAACACAAACAUGUACCACCAUCCACUCGACUCGACUCUGUAAUGGAGUUGUGAUUCUGCUCCGCCUCGCGAGCAACGGCCGGGACUUGCUGGCCAACAGCUCCGAUCGCGUCAUCCGUACCGUUCCCAUGCCAGACCUUUCACAGUUGGGGAUUGAUCUCGAGCCAGCCAAUAUCAAACUACAAGUCGAACACAAAUUCCAAGAUGUGGUCAACCGACUAAGCUGGAAUCAUGUGUCGUUUUCUUCGACCGGUGAAUUCGUCAUCGCGUCCACCUUCAUGAACCCUGAUAUCUACGUGUGGGAACGAAGUCACGGUUCCCUGGUCAAGAUCCUCGAGGGUCCAAGAGAAGAGCUAGGCGUGGUGGAAUGGCACCCAACUCGUCCGAUGGUCGUAGCAUGCGGCCUGGAAUCCGGAUGCAUCUACACUUGGACGAUUGUCUCGCCACAGAAGUGGUCCGCCCUAGCUCCCGACUUUGGUGAAGUCGAAGAAAACGUGGAAUAUGUCGAGCGAGAAGAUGAAUUCGACAUUCACCCCGCGGAGGAAAUCCACCAACGCCGUCUUGAUCAAGAGGAUGAAGUCCCCGACGUACUUACCAUCGAACCGAUCAAGAGCGACGCAGAAGAAGUCCAAACCUUCCGCAUGCCCGUCCUCCUCGACAUAUCCGACAGCGAAAGUGGCGAGGACAUAAUCGCCGUCGGGCCAGGCACAAUGCGACGCCGCACACCCGGCGCCAAUGACAGCGAAGGUGGCGCCGGGGGUAAAAACGGCACCACUCGAGGCCAGGGUAAGGGACGAAGACGAUGAACCACACACUACUGUAUCAUUAUUGCCAUAUAUCCUUCCAUUUCUACGAGUUCUGGGACUUCCUGGCGUGGCGUUAUUUUGGUGGGAUUUUUCAAAACAUACACAGCAUAUAAAAUUACCGUCUAAAGGGUUUCAAUGGGGUGGAAGGCGUUGAAAUUAAUUCAAACCAAAAAAAGAGGGUUAAUUAACCUGAUCAGGAUGGGGAGACUUUAUUAAUUACAGCAUCAUAUCCCAUUAGGUAUUUAGGUAUUCUAAUUAUUAAAAAAUUAUGAUCAGUACAUUUCUGGCAUAUGACCAUGUGAC